UUAUAUAAAUAAUAAAUGAAUAACGUCCAAUGUCAGCACUGUUAUCAUAUUACAGUAUAAUUCCAAAAUAGCCCUUUGAACAAUGGUUCAUUCCAAAUAGGCCAUCUUUCGUUGUAACUUGAACGUUGCAGCUUCUUUUGCUAACAGAGAGUAGUAGAUGUUCCGUCCUCCACCUAGCAGCUACCACCAUGGCGUCAACUGAGAUAGCAAGGCAAGCGGGUGAAGGUGCUCGCGCUGUCCCUCUGGCAGGCCAUGUCGGCUUUGAUAGCAUGCCUGACCAGUUGGUCAAUAAGUCUGUCAACCACGGAUUCUGCUUCAACAUCCUCUGUGUUGGUGAGACGGGUCUGGGAAAAUCCACCCUCAUGGACACGUUGUUCAACACCAAGUUUGAGGGCGAGCCCACCCAGCACAACCAGCCGGGAGUCACGCUCAAGUCCAACACCUACGAGCUCCAGGAGAGUAAUGUGCGCCUCAAACUCACCGUCGUCAACACGGUGGGAUUCGGAGACCAAAUAAACAAGGAAGACAGCUACAAGUCUAUCGUGGAGUUCAUCGAUGCCCAGUUUGAAGCAUAUCUACAAGAGGAGCUGAAAAUCAAGCGCACGCUACACAGCUACCACGACACACGCAUCCACGCGUGUCUUUAUUUUAUAGCACCCACAGGGCACUCGCUCAAAUCCCUGGACUUGGUGACCAUGAAGAAACUCGAUAGCAAGGUCAACAUUAUCCCAAUCGUUGCCAAGUCGGACGCCAUCUCCAAGAGCGAGCUGGCCAAGUUUAAAAUCAAAAUCACCAGCGAGCUGGUGAGCAACGGAGUGCAGAUCUACCAGUUCCCCACUGAUGACGAGUCUGUGGCCGAGAUCAACUCCACCAUGAACAGCCAUUUGCCAUUUGCCGUGGUGGGGAGCACGGAGGAAGUGAAGAUUGGGAACAAGAUGGUGAAGGCCCGGCAGUACCCCUGGGGAACCGUGCAGGUGGAAAAUGAGAAUCACUGUGACUUCGUCAAGCUGCGAGAAAUGCUGAUCAGAGUGAACAUGGAGGACCUGCGAGAGCAGACGCACACCCGUCAUUAUGAGCUCUACCGCCGCUGCAAACUGGAGGAGAUGGGCUUCAAGGACACAGACCCUGACAGCAAGCCCUUUAGUCUGCAGGAGACAUAUGAAGCAAAGAGGAACGAGUUCAUGGGGGAACUGCAGAAAAAGGAGGAAGAAAUGAGACAAAUGUUUGUCCAAAGAGUGAAAGAGAAGGAGGCUGAGCUCAAAGAAGCUGAGAAAGAGCUGCACGAGAAGUUUGACCGUCUGAAGAAGCUCCACCAGGACGAGAAGAAAAAACUGGAGGACAAGAAGAAGUCCCUGGACGACGAGCUCAACAUGUUCAAACAGAAAAAGACUGCCGCAGAGCUCUUGCAGAACCAGGCCCAGCAGGCAGGGGGCUCCACCACACUCAAGAGGGACAAAGAGAGGAAAAACUUAGGAUUCCUGUAGAAAAAGUGCUCCCUUGUGGCCGUCCUGCUGUGAAUGAGUUUCCACCCCAUCAUCUUUUUUUACAGAGCCCCAUCCUUCCCCACCCUCACCCUCACGCAUCCCCCAUAAUUCGACCCUCCGCACAUGCCCCCCCUGCUCUCUGGAAGACGCUGGGCAUUGCUAUCAGUGUGACAUCACUUUGUGUUUAUUUUGCUGAAUGAUGCUUGUAUGGUAUACGGUUUAUACAAGCAGUUAUUUGGCUUGUCUUUUUAUACACAUUUACAAAAUAAUGCAUUCCAUGUUUUGUAUUCAAAGAUUAAUUGCAUGAUGGAGUGAGCUUUUAAAAACAUAUUAACAUACAUGACUACCUUUGUGAUGGGCAGAAAUGUGUUGAGGGUAAAGUGAAACAGGCAUCGGGGAGCAGGGAGAGUUUGAAGAGCGGUCAAAGAUCUGAUCUGAUGAUGGAUUAGUUUAACGUUGAUCCAUCUUUAGAUAAAAGGACAAUCAUCUCAGUGACUUCUAAAAUUACCAACAUCAUUUUUUUUAUCAUUUAGUCAUUGGCUUGGGAUCCAGCUCAGGGUAGACAAAAACCAAAGAAUUCACGUGACAACUUCGGGUGAUAUUUAUUUUCCCCCUGUGUUUAAAUUUGGAGGCAUAUCCACACAUAAAUGCACACAAACACAUUUUUGGGUGUUUUUAUACAGCAUAUACCAUACAUUUGGUUUCUUAUUCAUUUCAAGUUAUAAGAUCUUUAAGAUUUUAGUCCCGAUGCAUUGAUUGAAUGCAUAACAAUUCAAACCAUAAAAGAAUUAGUUGUAUUACUUAUGUCCCUGUGCUGAUCCUGUUUCACUCUAUCCAGAUGCAUGAGUAGUUAGUGAGCCUAAUCUCUUUGCCACUUCUCCCAUACCUCAUUUAUUGUCAUGUAUUAUGUGCAUACAUGUAUUAGCUUUCACAUUUGCACUUUUUUUUAUACCCAAAUGUGAUGUUUUAUAAAGUAUAUAAAUAUUAAUUUUGUCAGUGCAAUUGUAACUUUCUUUUUAACUUGACUUACUAAUGAAGGCACAUUUGAAAGUCAAUCAUCUUGAUGUCCACAUUGUCCUGCAGGGACCGGUGUUGUUUGUAUCAGUGUUACACACAAAACAAAUAUUAUCUUUAAAGAAAUAAAGGCCAAUUUUUCACCAAAUAUAACAACUGUGGCCAUAAUCAUUGUGUAUGACAAAUAUUGCUGUAAAGUAGGAGACCAAAUGGGGAUAGUGGGAAUGCUUGAUUUGCAUAAUGAGGCAGGAAAUUCAUCAGUUAUUCCUGGUUUUUCACCACUUCAAGGUUGCAAUUAUUGUCUCUUGAAAGACAACACCGUUUUGGAUUCAAGACAUUGCUGCAUAAAAAACACUUUCCACAUAAUUCCAGGGUCAAAAUACAUCGAGAGAAAGAGCCUCUCCCUCGUCCUAAUCCUCGGCUCACUGGUGUGUGUGGUUUCACUUUCCUUUGCAGUAAUCCCUGGCUCUGCACUGAGUAGCUCCUCAGCCCUCAAGCUUUGCUGAGGGAGCGGCCUUUGUGGGUACUGAGUACCCCAAAUGUGACCAGCGGCUUUGUGGACCCCGGGCUACAGGGUUUCUUAAUCAUUACCUGCUCUGCUAUCAUUUGAAUUAAUGUGUGUUUCGCUGCAGCUCUAACCUCACCCCCAGCAAUCUAAUUCUUGCUUCUUGUGCUUUUGCUUUUGUUUAUACGUGCACUGUUUGUGUUUUGAUGUGACUAACACUUUUUUCCUCUUUAUUAUGUGCACUUGUUUAUUUAUUGGCAUAUUUGGAUAAUUAAUAACUUUUUUUCUCAUUUAAAUGGACCACAGAGGAGAAGACAAUCAUUAAUGGGCACAAUAUAAUCACAAUAAUAACUCAGGAUGUUUUAUCCCAGGGAUUUCUACCACCUAAUUUAUGUUGUGAUAAUCAAACGUAAAUCUAUUUUCUGCUUGAUAUUAGAUGAACUGCUAAAUCUCAAACCUGACCCAUGAUUUUCUGCUUUUCCACCCCUCUAACUGCUGGCUUUCUCUCUCUUUGUCUCUUAGCUUUUUUUAAUCUCUCUUGACCAACUGAAGAGGGGAUGCAGCUUCGGCAAGACCUAAGCACCCUUUACCUCUUCCCGUUUUUUCCUCACUGUAUCAACCCUUUUUUAUUCCCCCCCCCCCCCCCCCAUCGCAUCUCUUUUUGUUGAAUAUGGCCUUAUGUGGACUGGCAUGGUAUUUCUGACCACCUAGUGAAGCUCUAAACCCACGCUGGUUGGGAACCGGGCACAGUUUAAAUCUUUUAUGUCUUAAUGUAUAUAAAGAGACUCUUGUAGUAAAUACAAGGUGUUGUUCAAUCAUUGACAGGACUCACAGGUUAAAUCACUAUUUCAUCUUGCACUAUGCACUAGUCUUUUCAAUACGAUUAUAAGUACAAUGUGCACAUUUAAAAGGAGAGUUUUGAUGUUUUUAAGUUGGGUUUUAUCAAGUACUUCUCCACACUCAGUGUAUCCUACAGUACAUAUACACGUCUCCAGUUUGGAGAAACACAGUUGGAAUGAAAAUAAAGCUAAGCAAUGUACUGGUGUGGACAGGGGCCGAAUUUUAGCUACCUAUUUAUGCCACUAGUAGUCACACAGCCAUUCUCGAAUGGGAACUGAUGUUGGUUUUUACAUGGAUGCACUCUCCACCAGAAUCCAUUGACUAAAACAUGGCUGUCCCUGGUCUACCGCUGCCUCGACCAGUUAGUAUGUUUAUGUCUGAAUGUGCUGAACACAUAGGUAAUAAACUGACUGUGGACAAGGGCUUCAUGCAAGCCUUCUUUAAACAUUUCUAACUAUUCCUUAUUAGAUAUACAUCAAAGCUUGCUUAUUUAAAAAACAAACUCAUCGAGGACAGAAGCACUUAAUGCACUAUGUGUAAUGUGUUAUGAAGAUUAUGAGUAAUCAUGUUGUUUUUCUUAAAUCUAUUCAGUUAAAAAUGUAUAUCUCCUGCUUUCUGGUUUUAUGAACAUUAAAAUUAAAUUAAGAGUCAUACUCGUGAAAAAUCCAAAGCAAUAUUUCUACUUAGCACUUCAUUUGAUGGUGCCCAUGUUUACAUGUCGCUGUUAAAUACCAUGGAGGUCACAUGUAAUGGCCUUUUGUUACACAUUGUGCUUUAAUAUUCACCAGCCUGUUCUAUAUUUUUUUUUGCAUGCAUCUUUUUAAUUUCAUUACUGCUGUGAUCUUUGACUUUUGACUUGCUUGUUUUUACCCCCUAAUGAUUCAAUUUUGCAGUCUAUUUCAACUACAUUGCUGUUUUUCUUCAAAUGGUGCAUAUUAUUAUUGUAUAUUUGCUCUGUCCUAUGUUUUCAACUCCCUUUGCCAAAUAUUAGUAUAAGAUGGAGUUGAACUGAAACCCAGAUGGGAGUGUUAAAAAGAUACUCAUGCAUUUGUAUAAUUUAUAAGGAUAUAUUUUGUGUAUUGAAGUGGAGACCUGUUGUUUAUUACCUAUGACCUUUGGACGUGACUCUCUGGGUGUAAAGUAACAUUUUGGUGUCAAAAAAUGCCAUACAUUUUUCUAGUAUCAGUCAUCACCUCUUGUAGUCAAAAACUCUCCCACACUACAAAUAAUUAAAUAUCUUACUUUAGUUUGAUUCCAUUGAUGUAAAUUUUCAAUAAAAAAAUAUGAUCCAGAA